AUGAUUGAAGGAGAGAAGCUGGCAGAUAGAGAGAAAUAUCAAAGAAUGGUUGGAAAACUUAUCUACUUAUCUCACACACGACUAGACAUUGCAUAUGCAGUUGGAGUAGUAAGUAGGUUUAUGCAUCAACCACAGAUACAACAUAUGAUAGCAAUUAUGAGGAUUUUGAGGUAUCUAAAGGGUAUGAGUAGCAGAGAUUGGGCAGGAGAUAGAGAUGAUAGAAAGUCCACCUCUAGGUACUUAACUCUAGUUGGAGGAAACUUGGUCACAUGGAAGAGCAAGAAGCAGAAAGUGCAACAAUCACUAUAUCUAGGAAUCCAGUAUAACAUGAUCGCACUAAACAUGUUGAGAUCGAUAGACAUUUCAUCAAGGAGAAGUUGGAGAAAAAGCUCAUUAGUCUUUCGUUUGUCAGAUCAAAGUAAGGAUCAACUAGCUGGUAUUCUUACUAAAGCAAUUUCUUUAGAGACUUUUCAGCAAACCUUGUGCAAAGAGCUUGAAGUAAAUACAACGACCAUUAAAUUGCUUCAUUAUGGACUUGGACCCUUUGAAUACAAUCGUGUCAUGGGGUAG